AGCCCCCACCUAUAAAUACCAGACGUUCAUACCAAGAGAUGCUCAACACAUCCAUCCCAUUUAUAAGACACAUAGAGAAAGGAGAGAGAGCAGCAGCACACAUUUUAGAGUUUGAAUUAUGGCAAGCAUCAACGUUCCUGGGAAGAGCUCGUGGCCGGAGCUGGUAGGGAAAAAUGGGGGGGACGCAGCGACAACAAUAAUCAGUGAGAAUCCAAAUGUGUUUGUGGUGAUAAUCCCCCCGUCUGUCACCGGCCACGUCGUCGUCGGUACUGCCGACUACGUCGGCAGUCGUGUCCGUGUCUCCGUCGAUGACCACUGCAUUGUCACCAGUGUCCCUACUAUUGGAUAAACAAUCGUCCUACUAAAUUAAAUAAUAUAAAUGAGAGCUCCUCAGUACGUUAAUUAGGGGAGCCCAACGCUCUUGAAUGUGAUGAAAUAAAGGUUGUUUAACUUCUGGAUCUGUCUUAAUCUAGUUAUAAUAUUUUGUUUACGUCUCCUCUUCAUAUAUUUCAAGUAUACUAAAAGAAGAAUGAUUUGCCUUA